AUGGCGCGUCUAAUCGGUCUAGCGCUCUUGGUCAGAGCACUCGCUUUUCGACAACGCGAAGAGGACUCGAAGAAUGCGCGCUUGAUACAAGCUCUCGCUUUUCGACAGCGAGGAGAGGACUCAAAGAAUGCGCUCUUGAUCCAAGCUCUCACUGCUCGAAGACGUGAAGAAGACUCGAAGAAACUUACACUACUCUGCCUUCCCGCCGAAAUCCGUAACAUCGUCUACGAGUACGUGGUCGACGACAAUCGAUGGUCGUAUCCACUCAGCGGAAAUACCGUUAGGGGAAAAGCAGUUGCUUGUUCUUCAAAGGCAUAUUGGCGAAAGGGGCAGUACGCACCAAAGCACCGACCUCUUGCCAUGACUCUCACUUGCCGCCAGCUCUACGUCGAGACUCGCCUCCUUCCCUUCAAUAUGACAACUUUCAAGUUCGAGUGUCUGUCACACCUCGACGAGUGGCUCUCAAGGACGGCACCGCCCUACCUGAAGACAUUCCGCGCGGAAAUUACCCGACAUAAUCAUGUUGGGCUUUUCCAAUCUCUCAACGUCGAGUACCUCCCUCCCCGGAAGUUCGGCAGAAAUCGCAUUUGGGACUGUGCUCAGUGCGAGGAGUUCGAGACUAAGCGUCGUUUUCAACUUCUGGAACGCGAUGUACGACCGCCAACGACAUCACCAAUCUGGUCAACGGUCGACCUCUUUGGUCCACGACCGCCUCCCCCUAUGCCAAUGCUCGUUCUCAAGGAGCCUGACGAACUGGAGGAUCGCUGGCCUAUAACACUCAACCAGCUCCAUUUGAGGAUCCGCUGCCGUGAAGACCAUGUUAUGGCUUACGUUGAAGAGGUGCAGAAGGCUCUCCAACAGAAGGGUAUCGACCUUAUCAUUGAGUAG